AUGGCUGCACCGCAAAAUAAGGACAAGCAGUCGCUGUCUGCUUGUAAGAAUAAAGCUGGGGCAAGCUGUGAAGGUAACGAGCAAGCGUAUAACUUUCGAUUUGUCGAGGUUGGCGAGCCAUCUCAAGGUGGCGAGGAUACUAGGUCUACUAUUCGAUCUCAUGUCAUGCGUGACUACUAUGAGAAAAAGGGCAAUCGUCGGCAACCCGAUACCAUCCCGGAACUAAGCCCAGCUACCUCCCAAAAGGAGGGGGUAUUGCAGCAAAACCAUAGAUUUAAAGUCGGUCCAGAGGGGUUGCAAGAAGUGAAGGCGGGGCGCAAGAAAAGUAAGGGCACAUCGAGAACUAAGAAAGUAACAAAUGAAGCCACAAACAUCUCUGAGCCUGAGGGCAGUCAAGUCCACCCCCACUCGAUUUCACGGGCAACUCCUUCUCACCAGCCCGAACCACCCGCUUUUGCCAUUUCAGACCACUGGCAUGAACAGGAAGAGGGAGAAACUUCGGAGUAUGGGUGGGGGCCAGCUGCCGCCCCUGAUACCGGUAUUGCAAUCGGCGAUGCACUGCUUCCGCCGCAAUGCGAGGAGGACAGCCGAAACAUCGCACCUCCCAAGAAGAUUUACUCGGUAUCAGGAGUGAUAGAUCCCUUCAACGCACUACCUAUAUUGUGCGUUCCUCGCACCGAGCACUUGCUACAUCAUGCAGCGAGAGGAAUCCUUUCCUCAAGGGUCAUGGGGCCACUGCGGACUAAAUGGCUGGCGUUAGCGACUUCAGACCGAGCCUUCUUCCAUGUAGCACUGUCGCAUUACGCUGGCAAUUAUGGACUCUCACGAUCAGAAAAGGAUCCAAUGGAAGCAAUACGCUUUAGGAUGGAAGCAAUGAAGAUCAUCAACGAAAGAUUGGCGGUAGUCAAGACCGCUCUGACUGAUGGAACACUUGGAACAGUCGCGAGUUUAGCAAGCUAUGAGGCUACAAACGGUAGCAUUUCCAAUAUUCGAACACAUUUGAAGGGGCUUCAAAGAAUGGUUGACGUGCGCGGCGGUCUUCAAGAACCAAACAUAAACCCAUACGCCUUGCGCUUGAUAUUAUGGGCCGACUUAAACUGUGCUAUUGCUAUGGGGAGAGACCCCCUAUUUCCCGGCCACGAAAAUGAUUGGACUGGACAUUUAUUAUGUCACUAUGGUUCGAUUUCCGAAGAAUUGUCGAAUGAACAUCCGAGCAGAUCAUACAUGAGUAGAGAGACGGAUGUGGAAACAUUGAACCUGGCACUCAACCAAAACUUCGAGAGCUUGAGACGAUUGGCCCAGAUGAACAGAGACACAGAGCCUAUCAGCGUCGACAAGGAAGAGAGCAAAAGAGACAGCGACACUCUCUAUCGGUCAGAAAGGAGUCUCCUAGUGCUCUCUCAUAUCUGGGGGCCACGAAAAUUCGUCACCUCAGGGUGCCUUGCAGCCAUAAUAUAUACUGACAACCAGCUCCGUGGCAUCAACUUCAGAGCUCAGAUUAUGGAAAGAGUCGUCGAAAGACUCAAGCUCUCUAUCGGUGUGGUUCUGAGCAACAUUUCCCAGCAUGAUCUGAACGAAAAUGCUGCCAGAGCUGUACUGUGGGCUCUGGUUGUCGGUACAAUUGCUUCUGACAUUCGACCCUGUCGAGGAUGGUUCGUCGAACGGGUAGUCGAUUUCUGCGAUGCUCUUGACUUGCAAACUUGGGAAGAGAUAGAGAGGAUUUUAAAAGGAUUUCUUUGGCCACCGGCAUGGUACACGCAGGGUCUCAUCCUGUGGAACGAGGUCGAGGAGAACCGGCUGAUGAAAUACACGACGUUUCCUGAAGACUCAGUUGCCGACAAUAGCGGUGCGGAACGAGGUGUUCUUGAGUGGUUCUAA